AUGGAUCUCAAAACUCUAUUUCACAAUCUUCGCGAAGAAGUGUCUUGUUCGGUGUGUUCGGACUUGUUCACACAUCCUAAACAACUCUCCUGUCUGCACAGUUUUUGCUUGAAAUGUGUGAAUCAGUGGUACGAGACGUGCGGCGGCGGAGACACCAUUAAAUGCCCGAAAUGCCAAAUGUUAAGCAGAAUACCAGCAAGCGGUGAUCUUAAAGAUCUUCCAACAAGCUUUUAUUUGAACGGCUUUAUCGAUGUUCUUGCCAUCAAAGAAUGCAAGAACACUCAACUAACAUGUGGAAACUGUGACAAGAAGAGCUCGGAAGCGUCGUAUUGUUUCCAAUGUUGCAUAUUUUAUUGUGAAGAAUGUUUGAUGUUUCAUAGUAAAAUGCGGGACAAAACGGGACACCGUGCUUUGGCAGUAAAGGAAUUCCAAGAUAAGGACUUCGAGGAUGUAUUGAAGCGACCAGUGUUUUGUUCAAAGGAACGACACCAGAAAGAAGAGCUGAAAUACUACUGCAAAGAAUGCGAAACGGCUCUUUGCCAAACUUGCGUCAUUUUGGAUCACGGAGGUCAUGUUUUGAAAUUGAUCGAAGAAGAAGCGGAAACCAAAAGACUCGAGAUGAAAGCUGUAAUCGAAACGCAGAGACAAAAUUUAAAAGCCAAAAUGAACAUAGUGACUCAUCUUGAUGAAGACUGUGCUAAAAUGAUUCAACAAGGCGAAGUAUUAAAAAGAGAUGUUCAAAGGUUUGCUGAUAACUUGAUCAAAACAAUUCAAGCGAAAAUGCAAAAUAUAAUCACCACAGUGGAAGGCCGAACUAAGAAGUCCAUUGAAAGUCUGACAGCAAGAAGGAACGAGAUUCAGCAACAAAUUAAUGUUAUUGAAUCAUCGCUGGAAGAGGCUGAUAAACUCUUUCAGAGAAGUACCAACCCUGAAGUUGUUCAGCUUAAAAAAACACUUCAAACAAUUUUUGAGAGGGUGGAUCAGGCAGAGGUUAUUAAUGUAGCGGGUUAUGACACUGAAACUCAAGAAGCUUUUGUAUUCAUUCAAAAUCAGAAAUUACUUGAUGUUGUGAAUGGCACAGGAAUCGGAUCCUUGGAAACCUAUGGGACAAAAGCAAGCGAAUCGCUGGCUGAAGGCGAAGGACUGAAAGAAGGAACUGUUGGACGUAAAGCUAAAUUCAAUUUGAUCACAAGAAACUUUAAAAGAAAACAGGGGUAUAAUGGCCGGGACUGUGUCACAGUAGAGAUUAAGGACGAACAAGGACAAGAAUGCGUGACGGAAGUGAAAAUAGAGGACAUUAAAGAUGGAACCUACAAUGUUAGUUUUUAUCCCGCAGUUCAAGGUAUAUUAAAAUUGCAUGUUAAAGUAAACGAGGAACAAACUUGUGGGAGUCCUUUUACAAUAAGCGUAAAACCAUUUCAUGUAAAACCUGAUUUAUGUUUUGGGAUGCAAGGCUUGGGUAAUGGAAUGUUUCAGAAUCCUAAAGGGGUAGCAGUGAAUGAUAGGGAUGAAAUAGUAGUAGUUGGCGAGUUGAAUCAUCGUGUUCAGGUGUUUGACAGUAAUGGUACUUUCUUAAGAUCUUUUGGCCAGAAAGGUCAAAAUGCUGGAGAGUUCAGCCGCCCUGAUGGAAUAGCCAUUGAUAAGGAUAGGAAAAUGUUCGUAGCGGACAGUGAUAACAAUAGAGUGCAGAUCUUUAAUUGGGAGGGGAGGUACCUAGGUUCAUUUGGCGGCAGAGGAAGCCCUGAUAGUCAGCUCCUUAACCCUUGGGGUUUAUCCUUAGAUAGUACUGGUAAUGUUAUUGUUGCUGAUACAGGUAACAAUCUGAUUAAGAUCUUUACCCCGGGUGGUACGUUUGUAAUGAAGAUAGGUGAGCAGGGUUCCUUAAAUGGUCCUAUUCACUGUGUUCAGUGUGGUGAAUAUUUCAUAGUGUCAGACUUUAAUGACCACUGUAUCAAAGUAUUUAACAGGAAGGGGGAUUUUCAGUACAAGUUUGGUAAGAAAGGGCAAGGGGACGGGGAAUUUCGUUGUCCUGGUUAUUUGUUAGUGAAUGCGUCACAGCAUCUGUUUGUCUGUGAUCGUGAGAAUCAUAGAGUUCAAGUCUUUGAACUUCACGGAAAAUUCAUCGGGAAGUUUGGAAAAAGCGGCUCCAAGCUAGGAGAGUUUAAUAAACCCAUCUCAGUGGCAAUGCUUAGUACUGGUCAAAUUGUUGUGUGUGAUAAAGGUAAUCAUCGAAUUCAAAUAUUUGAAUAGAAAAAUGGAUAAAAUUCCUAAAACUAUAAGUAUAGACAUGUUAUUCUCUGAAUAUUCAAGCUAAGAUAAGUUAGACCACAUUAAUUGUUAAUAUUGUUUUGUAAGACUUAAAGAACUCUGACUACCAGCCUCUGGAUUUUUCUUCCAGAUACUUUUGACCUUUUUUUAAAGUCAGUUAAGAUGUCAAGAAAAUGUUUCCUUUUAUUUACUGUUCAUUUCCUGUUGGGAGGGCCAGUGUCAUUUUGUUUUACUUUUUUUAUCAAUGGCAGACGAAUAAUAUGGGCCAGGUGUUGUGUAAAAUGGCCACUGUGUAACAUAAAUAUUUUCGGUUUUCAGUGGCUAAGACCACGUCCACACAAAUCCGGUUUGAAACCGCACAUUUUUCAGUUUUUUAACACGAAUCAGCCUCCCGUCCACACGAAGCCAGUGAAUACAGACACCGAAACCGCAUUGUUCUAAAACCACUCUCCAAAACGGUUUAUGGCUCAAUCCACACGAAUCCCGAUUAAAAAAUAUGCGGUUUCAAAAAUGUCCAGAUUCGUGUGGACGGGGCCUAAGAUAAAACUGGAUUCUAUCUUGACAAAUAACGGUGACGUCACAGCUCAUGGUAGAGUUCAGGAUUGACCGAGCCGGGAACGCCUAGGGACUAGGCUGCCCGCUAACAUUUUCUUGACUCGCGUUUCAGAAAAAAACUGAUAUGACGUACAAAAUUUUUUUACAGUGUAAUGCUUAUUUUCAUGUCGUUGGUGAUCUUGAAGGACGUUAUUAUAUAUUUCCUGAUAAAUUUUAGCAUUUGUUUUUACCAAGAUAAAACACAAUAAUCUCGCCACUGCCCUUUAUUCGCGGAUUAAUUUUACAAGUGUACAAGGUGUAUAAAAUAUGGAAUAAAAUAAAACUAGUUUCAUUGUUGUUUGUUGUCUACUUGUCUUAUAAGUUAGGUUGUAUAGUUUCAAAUACGUUGACAGUUGGUUUACUUCAGAGCCAUAAUACUACAUGUCUAGAACAACUUCUAUCUUAAAUUUUAACGAAAUAUUAAAAAAAGGGGGCAACUGCGUCAUUUUGGAUUAAUUAACCUGUAUUUUUUUGAAUAAAGGUCUUGGAGGUCGUGCCCUCGAAACACUAGUGAAACAACACGCAGAGAUGUCGCUGUUUGUAAAACACGUUGCCGAUAAACAACAUUUCCCUGUUUUUCUCUGACGCUACGGUAGACAUUGCCAUGCCUAGUCCCUGUACGGCGUCUUCCCACGCAAUCUCGGUCAACGCAUUUCGGUGGCGAACUCGCUCGGACCACGUGACCGAAACACAUUAGCCGCGCGGAAUAAUGCGGCCUACGGACAAGGCAACGGCAGACAGUCGUUCCGUACAGUCCUUCGCUAUCAUUAAAAACACUGGACACGGGAAUUUUGUUAUUGGCCGUUUUCACACUAGAGCUAGAAAUGGAUUAUCCGUCUGAGACUAGCCUGUGUACAGUCGCGUGGCUCCCCACAGACACCCCUUCUCCAAAAUUUUGUGAGUGGAGGGGGCGGCUGUACACAGGCUAUCUGGAACGGAUGAUCCUGUCUUCAAAAGUCAGGCGGAUUGUUCAUUCAAAAUUAAAACUAUUCCAUUUUCAAAUUAAGACGUUUUAUCUAUCUGACGGGAAUCAUCCAACGGAUAACCCGUCUCACACGAAUAAUCCUUCUCUAGUGUGAAAACGGCCAUUUCUGUUAUAAUGAAUGUCGCGCCCAGGCCUUGAUUUGGGCGUUCGCGUGUUUGCUUUUGCUAUUUCACAAAGAUCAUUUUUAAAUUGACUAUUGACAUUUCUAAGUGUAAAAAAAUAUUAGAAGUGGAAUACUUUAUAAAAAGUAUGACCUGUCAAAUAUUAAAAUUUUUCAAAAGAAUAGCUUAUUUCAUUCCGAGAUGAUCCGAAGACCUUUAUUAAAAAAAAUACAGGUUAAUUAAUAUUUAACUUUUUGAAACAAAAGAAGUUAAUUUUUAACUUUUUCGUUAACCGUAACUGAAAAAAAUUAACCGAUAGCCGUAAAAGAGCCAAAAUUUUAGCCGAUAACCGUAAAAGCCAACACCCCAUUGAGACCCUCAACCAGUGGCAUCCCCGUCUCUUUCUCACUUUCUCAAAGGCUGGAGUUUACCCGCCAAAUUGAGUGAAGAUGACCGUAAGAAAAUUGUCUUCAGUUUCUUGCUCUUUUUUCCCAGCUGAAAACUUUUCCCCGUUCUCCGUUCUUCAAUCUCGUACCUCGAGUCUUCGUCCCGUACUGCGCAUGCUCCCGACCGCUGGUCAAGGGGAACGAAAACGCCGGGUACGAGUGUGGCGUCUCUUCCAAAAGCGUUGCGACUUGAUGAGCAUGCGCGCGAGUCAUGGCCAUGCUCCUUCAAAAUCGCAAAUAUAUUUUUAACGUAACUGAUGUAGUGUUAUCAAAUGGUAUUAUAGUCAUACCAUAAAAUCCGAAAAUAAGCCCUCCAAAUUUAAGCCACCCAAUCCGGUAAUGCAAAAAACCCUCCGUAAAAUCACCCCUCCAAAUAUAAUCGCCUCGGGGGCUUGUGCUUGGAAAAUUGCCCUCAAAUGCAAAGUAAAACAAAGCAAAAAACGGUAAAUUUACUUCCAACUAUACGGCUAGCCCAAUCGAUUUUGAAACGCAAUUUUCCCUCCGUAGAUAAGCCCCUCCAAAAAUAAUCUCCUCAAAAAGGGCCUUUCAAAAAUGUAAGCCCCGGGGCUUAUUCUCGGAAUUUUACGGUAUAUAGGUUAAAUCAGAUCCCUCAAGUGAACAUUGUUUUGAAUGUGCCCAGAUAAUUUUAAACAUUGUUUAUUCAUACAUCCCAUUUGUCGCCUAAGACUGUAGUUUGAAGAAUACACUGUUAACAGUGUCUUUAAAUGAACAAAUCGCUAUAUUAAAAUUGGGAUGAAAGCACGAUAAUAAAGAGAAAUUCAGCUAGAAAGAUGCAUUUUGGAUCCGUACGAGGUUGCUUGUUCUAUUGACGCAAAUGUAGUUUUCACGCUCUCAUGCUUCAUAAAGUCUAUUGAAUCAUGUUAUCGAACAGACAAAAGCGCAUCAGGGGCUCUUACACAGUAGCGUUCUGUGAUUGGCUCAAAGGCCUACGAUUCCGAAAAAAGCUAACGAUAGAAACGUCACAAUACUUGAUUAUGUUGGAUUUAGACUACAAGACUCAAAAGGUCAUUUCUAAGUUGUUUUUGAAGAAGGCAUGGAACUUACAACGCUGUUUUACAAUCUUCGCGAAGAAGUGUCUUGCUCUGUGUGUUCGGACAUAUUUACGGAUCCUAAACAUCUCUCCUGUCUGCACAGUUUCUGCUUAAAGUGUUUGGUGCGAUGGUACGAAACCCGCGGCGGAGGAGAGGCCAUUAAAUGCCCGAAAUACCAAACGCUAAGCAGAAUACCAGCAAGCGGUGAUCUUAAAGAUCUUCCAACAAGCUUUUAUUUGAAUGGCUUUAUCGAUGUUCUUGCUAUCAAAGAAUGCAAGAAAACUCAGGUGACAUGUGCAAACUGCAACAAGAAGAGCGCGGAAGCGUCAUAUUGCUUCCAAUGUUGCAUAUUUUAUUGCGAAGAAUGCUUAAUUGGACACAAUAUCAUGCGAGAUAACAAAGAACAACGCGUACUGGCGGUACAAAGGUUCCAAGAAAAGGACUUUGAGGAUGUAUUGAAGCGACCAGUGUUUUGUUCAAAGGAACGACACCAGAAAGAAGAGCUCAAAUUCUACUGCAAAGAAUGUGAAACAGUUCUUUGCCAAACUUGCGUCAUUUUGGAUCACGGAGGUCAUGUUUUGAAAUUGAUCGAAGAAGAAGCCGAAACCAAAAGACUUGAGAUCAAAUCUGUAAUCGAAACACAGAGACAAAAUUUAAAAGCAAAAAUAAACAUAGCAAGUCAACUGGAUGAAAACUGUGCUAAAGUGAUUCAACAAAGCGAAGUCGUAAAAAGAGAUGUCCAAAGAUUUGCUGAUAACUUGAUCAAAACAAUUCAAGCAAAAAUGCAAAUUACAAUCACUACAGUGGAAGACCAAACUUAG